AUGGAUUCCCAGCGAACCAAGCUGUGCCGCAAGGGUCAAAAGCUCUCAGAUAUUAUCUCUACUAAAGGAUCACUGGGAAGUCAAUUUAUCAGACGCCCAAAGGCCACUCGUCCACUGAUCCUCGAAACGAAAGGGGCGGUCCAAACCGCUAACCUAGGUAGAAGCACCUCAAAGCUAAGCAGCCAGCUAGACGAGGUAAUCACCAGACACGUCUUGCUGGACAAGCAGUAUCCCGGGCCAGCGUACUUCACGGUUCUGCGGAGGCGGCACCUUUGGGAAAACGAUGGAGCCCCAGUGUCGGUGAUGUUGGAUAUUCCGGAUUACAUCGCGGAGCGCAUUACGCACAAUCCUGCCGCCAUGGACGGUGCAUUAAUGAAUUUGCCCAAGCUUGUUGGGUGUGUCUGGAAGUUUAGAUUGUGCAGCUCUAAGAAAGCAGAUCUGCUCCGCUUGCAGUGGUUUUAUGAUCACCUGGUGGAUGCUAAAGAGGCCCCUCGAGCUGGGACAUUUGGUGCCAUAUGUGAGGGGAAGAGUGGUAGUGAUAGCAGCAGUUGA